AUGGGGAAUUGCCAGUGUUAAUCAGCAGACAUCCAAAAGACAGAAGAAAUGCAGCCUCUCGAAUUCAAAUAAGAAAACUUUACUAGUUUUGAGGACUAACAACUCUAGUUUUGCCAAGCUCAAUAAAUAUUGCAAUAAGAGACCAUAAAGUCUAAUAAUGAAACAUCAGAUGAUACUCAUCGACCUAAUCCAUAAAUUGUGUGGUAAACACAAACCUCGUUUGCUACUUAUAAUCUCAUAGUUUAAGUAAAUUACCCCAAAUAUUAAUUUAGAAACUAAUGGAUGAAUUGGGUGAAUAUGAAAUAGAUGAUGAGGAAGGAUAUUUUUAUGGGGUCUACGAAUAAAAGGAUGGUUCACUAUAUAAGGGUUGUUGGCAUCAUGGCGAAAAAUUUGGAUAUGGUACUUGAACACAAUUCCUAUCUCUUUAGGAUGCUUAAUUUAUCAGGAUGGGUCAAUAUUUUAAGGACAGUGGCGGAAUGACAAAGCUAAUGGUAAAGGACGAAUGAUUUACACUGAUGGAGACUGGUAUGAGGGCGAUUGGGUUGACGAUUUAAGUUAGAUUAAAGUUAAUUUUUAGAACACGGAAACGGAAAAUAUGUGCAUAAUGAUGGAACCAUCUAUCAAGGAUAAUGGAAGAAUGAUUAUUAGGAUGGUUAUGGAGAUGAAUAAUUUUCUGACGGAUCCAAAUAUAAAGGGUAGUUUAAAAAUGGGAAGAAGAAUGGAUUUGGCCAUUACAUAUGGGUAGAUGGUUAAAGUUAUGAAGGGAAUUUUUAAUCUAAUUAUUUUAGUGGAUUUGGGUAUAAAUUCAGUUUAAUUAAAACAGGAAAUAUAUAUGGACUGAUGGUAGACAGUAUGAAGGUUAGUGGUAAAAUGGGAGUAUGGAUGGGAAUGGCAUAAUGAAAUGGCCAGAUGGAAGAAAAUAUGAAGGAUAGUACAGUAAUGACAAAAAGCAUGGAACCGGAGUAUUAGAAUGGCGUAAUUUGUUUAUAUUUAAUGUAAGGUAGCUGAUGGCAGAAAAUAUUCAGGAUAAUGGGAGUCUGGAAAAUAACAUGGAAUUGGAGAGUAUUUUAAUGGAUAAAUUAGUAAAAAGGGUUAAUGGAACUAAGGAAAGCGUCUUAAAUGGUUAGAUUGA